AUGAAGCUCGCUGUCAUGCUUGCCCUGGUCACCCUGGCUCUCUGCAGCAGCUCUGCCUCUGCGACAGUCUGCCGUAGCUUUCUACGAGUCAUUGAACUCCUCUUCAAGGGCACACUUUCCAGUUUCGAAGAUGCUGUUUCGCCUUUCAACCCUGAUCUCGACAUGAUAGAUGCCAGCAUCCAGAUGAAGAAAUCGGUGGACAAGCUCCCCCAGAAUGCCAAAGACAGCCUCAUGAGGCUGACGGUAAACAGCUUCCUUCACUUACACUGUGAGAAGCGGGUUUGCAAAGUCCCUUAG